AUGUCUGAAACUUCUGGCAUCAAGGAUCUGUCAUAUAGUCCAGAUGGCAAUGGGAUAUUGACUCCUGCAGCGGACAUCUCCCACGUCGAACAAGGGGAGGCAAAGCAAUCACAGCCCAGUGUUCGGGACAAUGUUCUUGCCUUUUGCAUUGUGUUUUGUCAACUGGUCCAGGCCAUACCAUACGGCGCAGGACUCAUUGCAGCCAUUGACAUACCUAAAGCAAUUGGAGCGCCUCAAGAUAAGGCUAUAUGGAUUGCAGCAUCAUACCCAUUAACUCAAGGGGCAUUCGUUUUAAUAGGGGGCCGAAUCGGCGCUGUUCAUGGACACAAGAACACCAUGCUUGUCGGUGCCUGUAUAUACGUUUUGUUUCAUCUAACCACUGGAUUUAUGAGAACUGCCGACACUGUUAUUGUUAUGCGUGCUCUCAGCGGCAUCGGUGGAGGAAUCAUGGUCCCCAACCUCGUGGCUAUGCUCACCAUCACUUUUCCCCCAGGCCUCAUGCGUAAUGUAUGGGUUGGCAUGUUUGGUGCCAUGGGCCCGGUAGGUGCAGCUGGCGGAACCGUGUUCCCCGGCUUUUUUGGCCAAUUAACGGAGUGGUGGUGGCUAUUCUUCUUCUUGGCCAUCUUUGGUGCUGUCGUUUUUGGCGCAACCUCGUUCAUUCUACCCCCCGACGGUGUGCCUAUGGAUGCAGCGGGUACAGUCGAUUACGUUGGAGCCUAUUUUGGAGUUGCCGGCUUAGUCUUAUUUAACUUUGUCUGGACACAAGCUGUGGUAGUUGGCUGGGAAGAGCCCUAUGUAUAUGCUCUUCUCAUUGUGUCCGUCUUACACUUCGGAAUCUUUGUGUUAUGGGAAGGGAAAUUCGCAAGAGAGCCAAUCCUUCCACUUGGGAUUUGGACCUCUCCGUCGUUCGGACCGAUGGUAUUGUCUGCGUUUAUGUCGUUUAUGGGGGUCGGUAUCUUCCUCUACUAUGUUCAGAUUUGGAACAUUGAGAUCCGUCACUACUCCAACCUUCUUACUGCAGCGGCCAACUCAGCUUUUGCUAUUGUCGGUACAUGUGGUUGUUUCGUCAGUGCUAUUGCCGUGCGCUAUCUACCUGCCCAGGUAGUCAUGGCUACUGGUGCAGUAGCUGCUGUAGUUGCUGGGGUCAUUUUUGCUACUAUGCCGGCGCAGCAGACAUACUGGGCUGAAUGCUUCCCCGCAUUUAUUAUCAUGGGAUUCAGCCCCGACUUCAUCUUUACAGCGACGCAGAUUAUCACCAGCAAUAGCGUCCAGCGGAAACACCAGGGGAUUGCUGGGUCUUUAAUGGGGACCAUUCAGAUGUACGGCCUCAGCACUGGACUAGGAUUCGCUGGGACAGUCGAGCGAUAUACAAACGAUGGCGGUCGCGACCAAGUUGGGGGUAUUCGCCAUGCGCUGUAUCUAACGAUUGGUAUGACAGCUGCUUCUGCAUUAAUAUCUCUCGUGUUAAUUCGUAUUCCGAAGGAUCAACGCGAAGGUUGGGAUAAGGAAGAAGAAUAA